AUGGACCCCAAUCCAUUCCCUCCACCUGCAAGAGGAAGGAGAGGCAGAGGGGGAAACUACCCUUAUGCUAACAAUGACAGGAACAGGCAGGGGGCAAACUGGAGGAACCACCCAGGCCUGGAAGAGCCGGAGGAGCACAGGGAAGAAGUUCUGCCUAGACCAUAUAGGGCAGAACCACGAAUUAAUUAUGCCCAGCCAGAACAGGGACAAAACCUCCUCCCUGUUAAUGCUCUAAAUGACGUGGGGGCAUUGCAGAGGAUGAUCAGGGAAAUGAUGGAGCCUGAGGCCAGGAGGGGGGAAAGACCCACCUAUAGAAAGCCAUAUCCACCUUACAUUGAUCAGAUACCCUUGUCCCCAGGUUUUAAAGUACCAAACUUCACUUUAUUCAACGGAGAGGAUCCUCAUGCUUCAUCAGUCGAGCACACUUGGGAACAAAUGGAGAGCGUCUUCCAUGACUACUAUUACAGGAUUCAGCCAGAAGUCACCAUCAGUGACCUUGCCGCUCUCAAACAGAGUGAGGAUGAACCUGCCCAAGACUUUAUAAACAGGUUCAGGAAGCUCAAAAUGAAGUGCCGAAUCCCCAUGGAAGAAAGACACUUCAUCCAAAUGGCUCAGGCUGCCCUCAAAAUUUCUCUGAGAAAAAGAUUUGAUGGGUUGUUGUUUGGAGAUCUGGCAGAACUGGCAGAUAAAGCGGCCAAGUACGAGGAAUUGCUCAGAGAGGAACAGCAGAAGAGAAACUCUUCCAAAAGCACGUAUUAUAAAUCCCCUUCUUCCUCAAUACAUAUGAUUGAAGUGGAGUCAGAAGAAGAUGCGGAGGAUUCGAGAGGAGAGAGAGGGGGUUGCAGUUGCAUCCCAUCAGUUGUAAAACUCUUACAAAGCCUCCAAGGGAUCAGAAGCCGCCACCAUUCACAGGAGGAAAGCAAUAGAGACGCCUCACAGAAUGCCCAAACCAGAAGAACUCAAGGGCAGACAAGAUGCAGGCAUAUAACAGGAAGGCUAAAGCUAGCAAAAAAACCUCCAUCCGUCACCACAGAUCCUUUUCCCCCGCCACAAGUUAAUAUGGUCAACCUAAAUUGGCCAGAACGAAAGAAGGACAGACCAGCUAUAGAGGCUGGCUCCAGUAGAAGCAGAAUAGUUUCAAAAGAGACUAUGGAAAGACCAAAAGCAACCAUUUCAGCUGGAAUAGUGCUCUGCAGCAGGUGCAAGUGUGAGGCUGAGCUGGAAGUAGUCCUGGAAAAACAGGAGCUGCCCACUCCAAGUGUUUUUGACCGGAUUGGAACCACGCCCCAUGAUAGAGCCAGACAGAGAAACUACCCUAGGCCUGUCCAAUCCAGCAGAAGAAUGACUAAGCAGCCCAAGGAGGAAAUAUCAAUAAAAGUGCCCGGGAGUGGUAAACCUUUGGCGGCCAUCAUUGAAGGCAGGUGGUAUUCUGUCGGGAAGAAUGGCAGACCAACAAUGGAGCUAACAAGAACUCAAAGGAGGAGGGUUCAGAGACAGUACUGCACAUUCCUCAAUAACGAGAAAAACGCACAGGUGCUUCCAGAGGCCAAUUCUGCCAAAAAAGGGAAAGAGCCAGAAAUACUUCCCCAGACAGAACAAGCAAUCUCUCAACCACAGAAGUUGACAAAAGCAGAAUCCUCAGAGAAACCUUCUAUCCAUCCUGCCUCCACCUCAGAAGAUCUACUUAAAACUCCCCAACCAGAGGAAAAAACCGAUCCUAUUCCAGAAGAAGGACAAGAAGACUGGGCUGAGGGAUAUGAAGAGGAGCAGCUGGAUUAUGAACCAUCUGCAGAUGACCAGAAUGCGCCCCUCGGAACAGAAGAACUGGGAGAAUGGACGGAGGAAUACGAUGGAGAACAGAUGGAUUAUGACGGAGAGUUGGAUGCAGAAACUGAGGCCUUUGGUGCAGAAUUGGAGGACUUGUUAUGUGCUGACCUAGGCAUCAAUAUGGUGUUCAUUCUGCCAGAAAAGUUCUGGGCGGUAGAGGGACAGAAGAGCACUCUGGACGGAGACGUAUUUUCCCAAGAAAGUUUUGAAUGCAGGUUGGCAGAAGCGGAAGAAAUGCCAGAACAGCAAACAGGCAAUCCCAGGACAGAAGGAACCACCAACAAGCUGGCUACAGGUCAGCUUUGCUUCUCCAAACCAACCAAAGAAAUGGCAAACCACCUCAGACCCUUGUUUAUAACAGCAAACUUUGGGGGUGUUCCUAUCCCCAAAAUUAUGGUAGAUGGAGGUGCAGCCAUCAACCUUCUGCCUCACAGAAUGCUGAGCCAAAUGGGCAGAACAGAAAAGGAUUUAAUUCCAACCCGCCUGACCGUCACCAAUUUCGCAGGGGGCAUCACCAAAACCCUUGGGAUCCUGGAUGUGGAUGUUUUAGUAGGAAGCAAGAAGCUGAAGGUUGCAUUCUUUGUGGUAGAUACUACUUCUACCACUUACAAUGCACUGCUUGGCAGAGACUGGAUUCAUCAGAGUCUAUGUGUUCCUUCCACUCUUCAUCAACAGUUAGCUUUAUGGAAUGAAGAAGGCUACAUGGAGAUAAUAGAGGCCGAUCCACGGCCAUUCCUACCUUCUGCCAUGUGUUGUGAGGCAAGGUACUAUCAUGAUGACCUUGGUCCUUUCACCUUCUUUGGAGUCAACCAGAACGGCCGCCCCCAUGGUGUCACGGCCCAGAGGCUCAUUGAAGAAGGUCUAACCAAUUCUUUGGAGGAUUGGAACAGACCUUUUGUUCUAAACUUCCAAAACUCUGAUGUUUAG